AUGAGAUCUUUACCCCCACCUAGAACUACAAGGAAGAGGCGGUGGAAGCGAUUUCAACGAGCUUUAAAGUCGCUAUUGUUUAGAGGUCAAGUUUCGGAUCCAGGUGCAUUUUUUUGGAGGAGAAAAAAGCCAAAUAAAGUAACCAGGAGACACUGGAAUAGCGGUGAACAUUUCAAUUCAGGUGUAAGAGCAGCAUCAGUGGCUGGAAGAUUGGUAAGAAGAGCGUCGGCACCAUUCAUAAGAUCGGUAAAAAGACCCGCAAGUUCAGUCAACAUGACCGUAAAGUUUUGA